UCCCUCCUCUUCUCAAAAAUAUCAGUGAACCUUGAGACUAAGGUUAAUGAAAACUGAAUCCGAAGAUUCUGGCUCUCUCUACGAUCAUGAUCGUGCUGUCCUUGAAAAACUAGGCUACAAGCAGUCGCUUGAUCGGUCAUUGAGUGCAUUUAGCACAUUCGGUAUCACCUUCUCUUGUCUGUCUAUCCUCUCAGGUCUCACACCACUCUAUGGCGAUGCUCUGCAAUCAGGAGGACCCGUUACAGUCAUUUGGGGAUGGUUGGUGGUCAGUAUGUUCACAUUACUGGUUGGCUUAUCAUUGGCCGAGAUCUGCUCUGCAUAUCCAACAACAGGUGGACUAUACUUUUGGACGAUCAAGAUUCUGGAAGGUCGAGUAAUCAAUGGUGUGAAGGUCGGUAGUCCCGAUUGGGUGCCCCUGGCAUCUUGGAUCGUUGGAUAUACCAAUUGGUUAGGAUUGGUGGCAAUUGCUAGUACAGACUUAGCCAUGGCUCAGUUCUUGGCCUCAAUGAUCUCAAUGACAUCGGGGUACGAUGCCAAUACCUAUGUGAUUUUUGCUAUCUAUGUCGGUAUCAUCAUCCUUCACGGUAUUGUCAAUUCUUCGGCAGUUCGAUUGAAUGGUCUUUUUAACAUUGUCUCCGUCUGGUGGCAUGUGUUUGGCACAAUGUUGAUUGUGGUUGUCUUGUUGGUGACGACGAGUGAGAAACAAUCUGCAGAGUUUGUGUUUACAUCAUGGCAAAACAACACGGGUUGGUCCUCUGGAUUUUACGUCUUCAUGUUGGGUCUGUUACAGUCUCAAUAUACACUCUCAGGAUACGAUAGCGCGGCUCAUAUGAGUGAAGAGACCAAGAAUGCUCAACAAGGUGGGCCUUGGGGAAUCAUUCGUGCUAUUUUGACGGCUUCUGCUGUCGGAUGGUUCUUUUUAGUUGGCGUCACUUUCUGUAUCACUAGCUUUGAGAACCAAAUCGUGAAUCCAGCUGUGGGCGUCGCGCUGAGCCAAAUCUUCUUGGACUCUGCGGGGAAAACUUGGGCCAUUGUCCUAAUUUUGGUCAUUUUAGGCGCUCAAUUCUUUUGUGGAUCUGCUCUCACGCUUUCGUCCUCUCGAAUGGUCUAUGCAUUUGCACGCGAUGGGGCUUUACCGUUGUCUGAAUACUUGCAUCGACUCAAUAAGGAGAAAAGUCCUGUGGCAGCUGUUUGGUUCAACAUUCUCUUCUGUUUUGUGUUGGGUCUGCCCUAUAUCUGGUCUGAGACUGCGUAUUCGGCUAUUGUCUCAGUCAACACAAUCGCUUCCUCGAUUUCAUACCUGAUCCCUAUCCUCUGUCGUAUCGUCUUGGCCAGGCACACGUUUGUACCUGGACCAUUUAACCUGGGGAAGUUCUCAGUCCCUGUUGGAAUUGUGUCAACGUUGUGGAUUGUGAUUACUUCUGUAUUGUUCUUGUGCCCGACACUUGCUCCUGUCACGGCUGAAAACAUGAACUAUGCAGCCGUACCCUUUGUACUCGUCAUCGGCCUCUGUGCACUGUACUAUGCUCUCUGGGGCAGGAAAUGGUUCAAACCUGGAGGAACUCGCUUUCAGGAGGAUAAUUCGGAUUUGGAGGAGGCCCAGGCAGUACCGCAUACUUCGCAGAUGCAGGAAGUAGAUGAAAAAUCAAUAACAGCCUCACAAGAAGAGUAUGUGGGCCAUCCGGCGGAUGAAUAUCGUUAGAAACAACGAUGUCCAAUGCACAUGAUCUAUAGAUGUAGCAUCGUAAUAAAAUGAAGCCUGGAUGCAAGUGAUCAACGUUGUUCUUGCUCGAUAAUAUCCAUUUACUAAUGGAUUGUUGCUAAUUAAGCAAGACUGUCAGGUG